GGACGGCACCAAAAAGCGAGUUUUGUUACAUAGAUUGGAGUUAAUUUAGCGAAGCAGCUCACCAGCCCAGACCUCAAUCGGGGGGCGUGUCCCCCGUUACCUCGCUGAGCACGUGGUGGCUUCGCGGUCCAAUCGCUGAACCACCGUUGCCUUCUCUUAGAAUAAAAAAAACACUCACCUGGCCACCCGCAGCGAUACGAGAUGGUCUCCUAGGUUCGCACACGCUGCGGAGUGCACACUUAUUACGCGCGGUUGAUCUCUGGUGAGCUCACAACCGGCUCCACGCGACGCGGCUCGAUACGGCUCGGCACGGCACGGCUCGCUUCCCCGGGGUCGUGGAGACGCCGCUUGGGCCGCGAAGGGAAACCCCCGUAAUCUGGCAACCGCGCGCCGAGCCAGCGUCGCCUCGACAAACCUGGCUCCCCGCCGCUUAGACACAAUGCCGCUGAGCCGCGACACGAGCGCGUGGGGCGGCGAGGUGGAGGCGGAGAAGCAGAGAGAGGGCAAGAAGGAAGAUGACUUUGCGAGCCAGGAGCGCUGGCAGCUGCUGAGCCGGUUGAAGUCGACGGUGGAGGUGCUGGUGGGCGUAGGCCAUGCCGGCGUGUGGACGUGCUACGGCGGGCUGGAGCACCUCACGGCAGCCAUGCACGCCAUCCUCGUGCACGGCCUGCAUGCCGCCAAGUGUCGGCCCUCAUCCGAUGUGCAGUACUGGCCAUUCAUCCUGAGCCUGCAAAGCGUGGCACCCCAAGUGUGUCCCUGCAUCGUCCAGGACUCUGCAAUUGGCGGGGCGCUGGAGGAAGUGGCGGCGCCUCCUGGCACGGUGACGUCCGGGAGUGGGAGCUCCUCCCCCGGUGCUCGCUGGCUGAGGGAGAGCCUGGAGAGGCUAGGCCUCGCGUCGCAACUACGGCCACUGCUCGCAAACAGGGCCCACGUCCUUGCCUUUUACUCCGAGUCGGCGUUUGUGCUGAGCGACGUGCACGUCACCGCCAUGCUGCAUUGCCUGGACGCGCUGGAACAAAACAGCAUGGACCUGCUCACUGAAAUCAGCACCGCGCUGCUGUGCAAGGGGAGCGUGGGUCUGGUGGCGAAAGGGAGCCGCCACUCCGGUGCCGCCCUCUCGGGCAGAGCCAUACCAUUGGCUGUUGGCGGAACUCCUGUGGCCGCCAGGCGGAGGAGCCGGAGCCUCGCGGUGUCUCCGGGUGCGGGGCGUGGGGCCGGCCCGGGUGACGCGCGCCCGCGCCGCCACACCCUAACUCAUGUGGUGCACGGCAUUGCCGCCACCACCGGCACCACCAGCACCACCACCGGCACGACCGCCGCCAGCCUGACCGUCGCACCUCCUUCAGCCGGUGGCGCGGAACUCGAGGGGGACCCGCGCGGCGACGCUCAGGGAGCACCAGCGGGCGAGCGGCACGUGGGGACGCGCCCCCUGGGAAACUCGCUGUGUGCCGGCACCGGCGCGGAGCAGGAGAUGAGCUGGCUGGAGAUGUCGCACUCUCCCAUUGGAGGCGGAGAUGGCGCCACCGCCGCUGCCCCCUGUUCGUCCACGCCAGCGGAUCCACGCACCGCGGGCUCUGCCCCCUUCAGCGCCGCGUCCUCCCCCAGGGACGCAGACGACGGGCCGGAGUACUUCGCCGUCGGAGGCUCGAGCCGCGGCCGUUCCUGCUCAUCCUCCUCUUCCUCGUCGUCGUCCUCAACGUCCACGUCGUCCUCGCUGGCCUCGCUGCCCUCGCAGGCCUCGCUCCCCAUCGCCGUCAACAGCGAUGCCGCGGCGGCGGCUGCGGAGGCCCGGCGGCAGCAGCAGCAGCAGCAGCAGCAGCAGGAGGGGAUGCAGCCGUGGAGGAAGGGAAAGCAGCACAAGCGCUCGCAGUCGGACGUGGGGCCCGCACGGGACCACCGCCACGGCGGAUUUUGGAAAAUCCCUGCAAUAGUUGAAGAUCCCUAUGAAGACGGAGCGUUCUCCUCCAGCAGGGAGGCGUGCAGCCAGGCGCUGCGCUCCGACACCGCCCCAAGGCCUGCAGCAGAUGGGGCAUACGGCUGGAGCAGGAUGUUGGGGGAAGGCCUGCAGCUUCGCCGGCCGUCGGAGGGACAGUCGCUCCUCAGCUACCUCUCGGAGCAGGACUUUGCGAUGUGCGCCGAUCUGGAGAAGGAGAACGCGCACUUCAGCAUCUCCGAGUCGCUCAUCGCCGCCAUUGAGCUCAUGAAGUGCAACCUGCUGGGCGACCGCGGCUGGGAGCUGGAGGUGGCGGCGUUGGCGGCGAACGAGGCGGAGACUGCGGAGACGGCGGCGGUGGGGGCCGCGUCAGGGCCCGAGUGCCUGGACGAGAGCGACGGCUGGGCGGAGUGCAACGCGGCCGGCGCGGAGCUGAGGGUGGAGGAGGCCGGAGCGGUGGACGCCACCGAACCACUCGAGGCCGCCCUGCCGGCAGCCAGCAGCCCCUCGGAAAGUUCGGAGCUCUUCGUGUCCACGGAAUCUUGCCUCUCCAGCUGCCAGAGCUGGAAAAACUGCGACACAGAGAUGGCAGGGAGUGUGCGGGAGGCGAGCAGUCCCUUGGGCAGCCUCACUUCGUCGCUGCAGAGCUCUGAGUCACUGAUGUCCCUGAGUGGGCCCCCCAGCUGCUGUGCCAACUCCGCUGAGGCUGUGGCCAUGGGGCUGCUGCGGCGAUUCCAGGGCAUGCAGCUCCCUGCUGCCUCGGAGCUCGACUGGCUCGUCACCGAGGAGGACGCGCCACAGAAGCUGCUGCCCAUGCCGGGCUCCGUACCGGUUUGCCCGGACGAUGGGGAGCACUCGGACGUCUACAAGCUCCGAAUUCGAGUGCGCGGCAACCUGGAGUGGGCGCCACCACGCGCGCAGAUCAUAUUCGACAUCCACCCCAGCACCAAGAAGAAGGUGAUCCUGGCCAAGCAGAACAGCAGGUGUGCGGGGUGCGGGACCAAGGUGGAUCCAAGUUAUAUAAAGCGACUGCGUUACUGCGAGUACCUGGGGAAGCUCUUCUGCCAGUGCUGCCAGUCGGGCUCCGUGGCCGUGGUGCCCGGGCGGCUGCUGCGCCGCUGGGACGCGUCGCGCUACCCCGUGAGCAACUUCGCCCGGGAGCUGCUCGCGCGCAUCGGCCACGACCCCCUCUACAACCUCCUGGACAUCAACCCCCAGCUCUACCGCAGGGUUAAGGCCCUCACCGUCGUGCAGGAGCUGAGGAAGCAGCUGGUCCACCUCAAGCACCUCCUUCAGACGUGCCGGCUUGCAGAGAGCAUUCUGGAGACUCUGAGCUCCACCGUGCCAGGACACCUGACGGAGGAGGUGGACCUCUACUCCCUGGAGGACUUGCUGGCAGUCAGACGUGGCGAGCUGGCCCCCACCUUGCGCCAGGUGGUCACCCAGACCACGCAGCACGUGCGCGCCUGCCAGCUCUGCCAGGCCAGAGGCUUCAUCUGCGAGUUCUGCCAGAAGGAAGAGGAUAUCCUGUUCCCGUUUGAGCUGACACGCUGCCAGCAGUGUCCGGGCUGCCGUGCCUGCUACCACAAGUGCUGUUUCGCGGCCGCCCGGGAGGACUGCCCCCGCUGCAAGCGCAUCCUGGCUCGGCGGCAGCGGCUUGCGCAGCCGGACAUUGACGGUUGAGCGCGAUAUGGGGGU